AUGGAUAACAUUUUACAUGCUAGUAUAUAUGAUCUACAAAUCAACCAACAUCUAUCGAAAUGUACAAAUGACCAACAGCCCAAUUUUUCAUUUUCGACUCAGGAUGCUCAAGUUGCCAUCCAGGAAAAACCGCUCUAUAGCAUCCAAAUUCCCUACCAAUACGCUGACAGCCAAGAUAAAAGAUCGACAGAUACAGAAAAGAGUCUUCCACCAGGUCCAAUCAGCCCAAAGCGGAGCUCAAGCGAUACUCCAAAUACCAAACGAGUCAGAACAGCUUAUACUUCAUCCCAACUUGUUCAACUGGAGAAAGCGUUCCACUCUAACAAAUACCUGUGCCGAAAAAGUCGUACCCAAAUGGCUCAACUCUUAAACCUGACGGAACGUCAGAUCAAAGUCUGGUUCCAAAACAGAAGGAUGAAAUGUAAAAAGGAACAAAAACAAAGGACGCCCUCUCCUGGAUUAGACAACAGGACCUCUCCUACUCUGUCAGUUGCUGCAUUAACUCCUAGUUCACAUAGCAAGCCAAGGGUUGAAACGGUGAGGCCCGAUCAUCAUUUGGUGACUGGCGGGCAGGCUGGUCAUAGUCAAUGCGUACCACACACUGUGCAGGGAGACCAGUGGGAAGGUAACGCUUUGUACAUCAGCCAAUGUCAAAGCUUAUACGAAAACGUCAAACUAGAUCCGAAUUAUCAAUACCAACAUGAUCCAGUAAUCUGCUAUCCUGUGAAUUGCGAGCAACUUGUAGAGGAUAAGCCAUUAAAUCAGUCCUACCUCAACAACAAAACAAAUGAGCAGCCGUCAAGUGAUGACUAUAUUUUGGGACAGAAUAUAACCGGACGAUAUGUGCGUUCUAUAAACUGUAAUUUUGACUUAAAAGAUACAAAAGCAAUUUUCUGGGUGAUGUUAGUGCCCGAGUUUCAUAAAAAAAUUACUUUGUUGGGAAAAUGGUAA